AUGGCAGACGACGCCGCUGCCGAAGAACGACGAGCCAAAGCCGCCGCUCGUCAGGCCAAGCUGCUCGCCAAGUCCAACGAGCGACUGGCCAAGAUCACCGGCGCCGCAAAGGGGGAAGGGCGAGUCAUUUCAGAUGGUCAGUACAGAACAGUCUCUGCUUAUGAGCCUGCGUGGGUGUGUGUGUGUGUUGAAUCUGUCUGUCUGCCACAGCCGCCGUCGGAAUCGCACCUCGAACUGCACCUUCGUCCCCACCGCCACCGCGCUCGCUCGCACCACGAGACGACGACGAUCCCGCCGAGGUCGAUCUCGCCGCAGCGAGCAUCAACGCCAGAGCGAAUGCACUCGCCCAACUCAACCCUCAGCAACAGGCCCAGUUCGACCAAAUGUUUGGCGGCCCAGGCGCAGCACCGGGAGCAGGUGCAGCCGAUCCGUUCGCCCAGAUGAUGGCACAGAUCAUGGGCGGAGCAGCACCUGGCAUCACUGUCGAUCCGAACGCAACCGCACCUUCACCCUUUGGUCCCGGAGGAGCCAACAUGUUCGCCAACCUCCUGAACGCACAACCCGGAGCCGCGGGAGGAGGAAUACCAGCUCAACCGGGCGUGGCCGCUUUCCCUCCCACGCCCAAGACCUGGCUCGAUCGAGUGUUCCCUCUCAUCCACCUCGUGUCCAUGAUCGCCUUGUCCGUCUAUGCGAUCGUCUACGUCGAGCCCGCAAAAAAGUUUGGCCAGUACGGGUGGAUGGGCAUUGGGUCCAAGAUCGAUUGGGCUGCUUGGGCACGGCUGGGAGCGACGAAGCCGGUACAGGGCAGGAUCGCAGGUCAGGUCGAUCAACUCGCUGGAGUUGGGUUGUCGGUCGUGGUGAGUGCAUGAGCAAAGUUCAAUCACUUGGGUUGGUGUCCCCGCUGAUGUUGACUCUUUCGGGAUCUUAGCCUCUGCUGUGGAUGUUUGUCAGCGUCGAACUGGUGCUGCAGACUUCGCGCUUGUUCCUAUUGAGGGUAAUAUAUUUCAUUCUUAAAUCUACCCGAACAUCGAGCUAAACAAGCCUUUUUCCUUCCGACAGAAUCGAGCUCCCGCCCCCUCGAUGCUCAACAGCAUCCUUCCCCUCGUCUCCCAGUUUUCCCCCCAACUCGGCCUCCUCAUUUCCACCAUCGUACGCUACAUGACCCUCGUCACCGUCCUCUUGAACGACCUCAGUGUCGUCGUAUUCUGCAUCGGUGCCGCGACCGUUUACGGGAAAUACAAGACCGGCACCUUUGGUGCGGGAGGGGCGAACGUGUUGGAUCGGUUGAGUCAGGUCGGGCCUGAGGCUUUGGAUCGGCUCAAAGGGGAAUUGUGA